AUGAAAGUAAUCGUCAUUAGGCAUAUGCACUUUGAUGGUGACGAUGAUGCUGGUGGUGCAGACGAUGACGAUGAUGGUGAUACUGAUUAUGAUGAUGAUGACGACGGCUAUGACGAUUUUGAUGAUGAUGAAGAUAAUGAUACCGACACUGAUGAUGGCGUUGAUAUUGAUGACGACGAUACCGAUGACGAGAAUGGUUUUGACACUGUCCAUAGUGAUAUUUUACUUGGAUUGCUUUCAGCUUGUGUUGUACACUUAAGAUAUUUGUCAAGUUCUCUUCAUCUUUCUACUGACGUGAAUUUUACAUUUCACUUGCCUUUCAUACAUCAUAUCACUUGUUCAUCUGAAGGCAUCAACCAGCCUCUAGAUGCCAUGAACUCAGACGAACAUGAUGAAGUUAUCGGAGAUGUCCAUGUCUGUGGCAACUGCCGUGGGGAGUUUGUUGUCUUUGCUGACUUUGUAAAACAUAAGCAGAACUGCAUCAAGAAGCAGGUCGUGAUGAUCUACAAUGAGGGACAGGAGCAGAUGGAAGAUUCUAGCAGGAUGUCUGAGAAAGACCAGGACACUGCCUCUGAUCGUUCAAUGACCCCUGAUAGCAGGAAAUCCGUUGAACCAAACUAUGUCUCUGAAGGAAAAGCUCAACAGCAGGAUGAACAACCUGGCAGGUCUUCAGAUCAAAGCCCAAACCCAAGUCUCCCACCUUCAAAUGUUUCCUUGGAUAACCUUGAAAACACUCCAUAUGCUGUGGCACAGUUUCCUCGAGAAUCUGCUAUGGUUCCUGGGCACCCUGAUGUAGUGAUGAUACGAGAACAGCUGUAUGCCCUUCAACAGCAGCAUCUUCACCAACUUCAUAUGAUCCAGAGCAUCCAGCACCAGAUCAACCACUUAACUGCCCAGCAACAAAGGCAGCAGAUUCAGCACCAACAACUUCAGCAGCUUCAGCAACAAAAUCAACCGAAACAAGAACCAAAAGAUUCCUCAGGGAGUCAGGAAUCGCCAGAACUUGAUGAAAAGCCUUUAGAAAGCAAAACUGAACCAGCCCCCAGUUCUGACACAAACACUGCUACCACAUCUAGCAUUCCAUCCACACCCAUUGUACCAAUCCCUACCAUACCUGGUAUGAUUCAUCCACCACAUAUAUUGUCUCCUGCAGGAGCUGCAGCAGCAUCAGCUGUGCAACAAUCUGCUAUAGAGGCCAUGCAUGCUCAAGGAAGGUUGCUGCCACCUCUACCACCACCAUUCCAUCUGCCUAGCCAGAAGUCACCUUUUGAGAUGCUUCAACAGCAUGCCAACCGACAUAUGCCGCUCAACCCUCUUGGAAUUCCGCCACCGCUCCCUUAUCAUGAGAGUUUGCUUUCUGGUAACCAAAAAGCAAAGCCCCCCAAUGUCUCAGUUUUUGACCCCAAAUUCAGUGCUGAUGAUCCCUUCUUCCGUCACAAAUGCAGAUUCUGUCACAAAGUAUUUGGAAGUGACAGUGCCCUCCAGAUCCACAUUCGCUCCCACACCGGUGAACGACCAUACAAGUGCAACAUCUGUGGGAACCGAUUUUCUACCAAGGGUAACCUGAAGGUACAUUUCCAGCGCCACCAGUCUAGGUACCCCCACAUCCAUAUGGAUGUCAGACACCAUCCACCAACACCACCUCUUAUGGACCAGCCUCUCCAACCACCUUCAAUCCACCAGAUUCCCAUUUCCACCAUUCCAAAUGACCAAGCCAGAGCUAUGUAUGAAGAAGACAUGUUACCUCAUCAACCAUCCAAGAGCACUUCCCCCAGAGAAUCUGAAGGAAGUAUGGCAGACAGCUCUCGGCAUUAUCAGGAGGAAGAGAUGAAGCAGUACAACAGCGCUGACAGGAAUGGUGAUGAUGAUCAUGACAGUCCAUCAACAAGUCAGUCUGGAAGUUUAUCCCCAAAUGAAAGGAGGCAAACCACAUCCACCUCUCCUUCCAUUGCCCUGUCCUCCAAUGUCUUCCCUGUCAUGUCUGCAGGUGGUAUUCCGAUGUCUUCUGGAUAUCCCCUACCAUAUACUGGUUUUCCGAGAAUGGCAUUUGGCCAGAAUGGUAUUAUGCCAUUUGAGUCUUCCAAAAGUGCUGCAGACGUAGACCCAGUCAAACCUGAAACACCUCCAUCAUUGGCUAACCUUGCCGAGGCUGGUAUGCGGGCAUCUGAAACAUCCAAACUCCAGCAAUUAGUGGAGAACAUCGAGCAGAAAAUAACUGACCCAAACCAAUGUGUCAUCUGUCACCGGGUUCUGAGUUGCAAGAGCUCUCUCCAGCUUCACUAUCGCACACAUACUGGUGAACGCCCCUUCAAAUGUAAAAUCUGUGGUCGUUCAUUUACUACCAAAGGGAACCUCAAGACGCAUUAUGCUGUCCAUAGAAGUAAAGGACCAAUCAGAAUUCUCCAUGACUGUCCCAUCUGUGAGAAGCGCUUCAGCAACCCACUCGUGCUACAACAGCAUUUGCGCCUUCAUGCAGCAGAAGGGAUGACAAUACCUCCACAUCUGGAUCAUCCAAGAUCUGAAGAAAUGCACAUGAAGGACGAUGAAGAUGAUUUAGAAAAGACAGUUGGUGAAGACAACCACAUGGAUGUGGAUGAGCGUAAUGACCUUCCAACACCUGAGGAAGGAGAACUCCCUGAUGAUACAUUUCCUGAAGGUGACAAGCCUGAAGAUGGUACCCUCCCAUCAGAUGUCAAUUCGCCACCAGCAGAAAACCAUGCAUCUGAAAGUCGGGCAUCUGAUGACGAAAAAGAGACAGGUCAGCUCCAAAGCAGACCGUUCAUGCCAAGUAUCCUUGGAUUGCAGCCUGUUAGUUCCAUGGCAAAUGGAGAUUCCUCUACUGCUCCAAGCCCUGGACACAGUGUCGAUACAAAAUCAAUGAUGUCUGAAGAUGAAAAUCGAAAUAUCAAUAUGGCCAUGUAUAACCAUGAUGGACCUGAAUCUAUCUCAUCUAGCAUGGCUGAUGAAGAAUAUGAUGGGAACUAUAAAAAUGAGGAGAACGAUACUGAUAUGAGCGGAGCACUUGAUUUAAGACCAAAGGGAACUCCUCAGGAAAACAUUCCUCCACAUUCUAGAGAUACUGGUGAUAUGCCAGGCUACUACCAACAUGAUGGUCAUUAUCUUGAAGAUGUAAAGCCAAAUAUGACAUCUGCUGGCUUGCUGAUGAGUGUCCCUAGCAUGCAACUUGGAAGCAGAAGGCCUAUGAGACCAAACACAACCUGCCACUACUGCGGAAAGGUGUUUGCAUGCACCAGUGCCCUGAAUAUCCACUAUCGCAGCCACACCAAGGAGCGUCCAUUCCGCUGUGAUGUCUGCAGCAAGGGGUUCUCAACCAAAGGUAACCUCAAGCAGCAUAUGCUUACACACAAAAUCAGAGAUAUGCCCAUGCCAAGAUAUGAUUCACCAAUUAAUAUCCCUGGAAACUCCAAUGCCAAAUCUCCAGUCAUGCCAAAACCAAUUAGCCAGGAACUCCCUCUACAGCAGACAACCACUACCAACUCCCAAACCCCACCCCUGAAGCGCAGCUUGAGUGUCUCUCCAGAAGAAGCCAACAAGCGCAGUCAAUUCAAGCACUCCUGCUCUGUCUGUGGGAAACAGUUCCAGACCAACAGUGCCCUGGAGAUUCAUAUGCGCACGCAUACAGGAGAGAAACCAUUCCGUUGCCACAUCUGCAGCCGAGCCUUCACCACCAAAGGCAACCUGAAGGUUCAUCUUGGCACCCAUAUGUGGAAUGGAGGCGGACGACGGGGACGGCGCAUCGCUGUUGAACCUCCAUUCAUUGUCAGCCCCAAAGAAGGAGAGAUCUUCCGUGGGGAUCUCUUCGGCAUGCACCCAGGUUUUGCAGAGGGUGCUUUUUACCACUACCCUCCUCCUCAUCUUCUGAAUGGCUUUGCCGCAGCAGCUGCAAACUCAAAGGCCAAUGAGAUCUCGGUCAUUCAGCAGCCCACUAGCCUCCAUCUUCAAGAUUCUGGGUCAGUCAUCAUGAGGAACAGCUUGGCUCCAUCUGUAGAGAGCAGGGAGGCAACAUACAGCCGAGAAGCAGAGCGCCACCGUGAAAUGGUCCUGAGCAGAGAUGAGGCACUCAACCAUGAGAUUGCUCUUAACAGAGAAGAAGCUCUCGCCCGUGAAAUUGCAAUGAACCGAGAGGAGGCAUUUUCUCGCGAGCUGGCCCAUAGCAGGGAAGAGGCACUAUCUCGCGAGAGGGCCCAUAGCAGAGAAGAAGCUCGCGAGUUGGCCCAUACAAGGGAAGAGGUGCUCUCUCGUGACAGGGAAGAAGCUCUCUCUCGUGAGAUGGCCCUUAGCAGGGAAGAAGCUCUCUCUCGUGAGAUGGCCAUCAGCAGGGAAGAGGCUCUUUCGCGUGAAAUGACAAUUAAAAGAGAAGAGGCUCUCAACCGUGAAAUCGCUCUGAAUAGAGAAGAAGCCUUCUCCAGGGAGAUGGCCCUGAAAAGAGAAUUAGCCCAGAAUAAGGAGUUAGCCCUAGAAAGAUCCAACAGCAGAACCCCACCUGUUGCACCACAAUUGAGUUCAUAGUCUUGAAUUAUUUGAGUUUGAUUCACCCACCUUUUUUUACACACAAUCUUGAUUAAACCUUUAUAUGUCAUUUGUGGGAAAGUCCUACGUGACUUUAGUCAGGAGAGCUUCCAAUUUCUUUUCUUCCAAGACCUUGGUUUUGCGAUGUUAUUUUGUAUGUUUAUAUAUACAUAUAUGCGUUUUCUCUUGAGGGAGACCUGUUAGUAUGACAAAAUUGUCAAAGUUGUACAUUUUUUUUAAGGAAAGGAAUGAUAUCAGAUGAUUUUGUUUGUUAUUUCUUGCUUCCAUCAGGGUUAUUUUUUGUGCAUGCUGUAGAUUCAUCCAUCUCGUGUUAUUGUUUUCUUCAUUUUUGGUGCUUAUUUUCCCAGCUAGUUAUCAACUUGAACUCUCCCUGCAUCCCAUCCCCCAAAGGCAAUUUAUUUACGACAGGGUAAAUUUUGAAAUGGUAUGCUACACCAUUUUUUUUAAGAUGUAUUUUUGGCAUUGUUAUAUAGGAACGUCAUUUAGAUAUUACAAAGGAUUCCAAUUAUGUUUUGCAAAGAGCUUAGAGUCUGGCUUUGGAGUAUAUCAGCCAGUAUUUGAUCUCUUAUUGGAAGUUGUAACUUGUAAUCUCUUUUUGAGUAUCAUGAAUAUGGAAGUAUUUAUGAAUGAUUACUUAAUUUUAUGUAUAUGGCAUGAUGCAGAAAAUGCUUCGGUAUGAUGAAACGGAAAGCUAACGAGACACCUGCGAUACCUCAGAAAUGACUUGAAACAAAAUCAGCUUAACAUGAAAUAGGUUUUUUUGUACUUACUCCGGAUUGAGGGCGUGAUAUUUACGAUUGACAGCAGUGUAGUCACUCUCGCUGCGAGUCAUGAUUGUGAUGAUUAACAAAUUGAGAAUGCAAAUGAUAUGUAAUCUGUGGAUGAGGAUAUAUGUAUGUGUGGACUAAUUCAGUGUCUGAAUGUGAAUCAGUAUUUAUAUAACAAAUUUAUAUAAUAUAUAUAUCAAAUUAUGAAGGGUAAUCAUGUUCAUGUGUAAUUAAAAUCCUAUGCUGUAACCCCUUCAGCUGCCUGUUUGGGAAGAAAGAAAAAUGGUUUUAAUCCUACAGUCAUGCCUAGAUUAUUACAACCUUGGAAUGAAAUUGAAAUGGACAAUUGCUUAAAGUACUGUAUAUCAUGGACAUGAAACCAGAUUUGCUGAAGAUAUAAGGCAAUAUGAACUAGCUUAAUGUCUUGGUGUAUAAAGGUGUUUUCAAAAUCAUGUGUUGAGGAUUUAUUUGGGUAUUUUUAUUUACAUAUCUCCUAUCAUGAGCUUCAGUUAAUCAUCCUUAAAAUUUGUUUUGAUUAAAACCAAAGACUUUGUUCAGUUGAACAAUGUACAGAAUUUAACAGUAGCUUUGCGUAUGACUUUAGAGAAAGUGUAAUAUAUGAAGAAAAAAGGACAUAAGAAAAAAAAAGUUUGUUGUAAAUAGGAAAUCCGAAGAACUGUCGUCUAAUUAGAAAUACAAAAUGUAUCUGCCACCUGCUCCGAUGAAGCAAGUAGUGUGCUAAGAUUGUUGAUUAUGAUAAAAUGAUCUAUGAGUGUUGUUUAAAAGUUAGAAUACAUGUGAUGUUGUGAACCUUUGUUCUUAUGAUGGAAAAAAAUUGAAUAUGAAAACUACAUCUGUUUGUACAGCAUUCAAAACCGUAUUUAUUCACCUCGUAGUCUAAACUGUUAGUGCAUAUUUAAGGAAUAAGGAAAGAAACCGCAUUCUCCCCCUUUUUGGAUAAAUUUCAAAUUUGAAAUGGAGUCGAAAAUUGUGGUUCUUUCUUCUGCUAGAUUUGUGAACUAAGGAGCCAUGAACUGCUUAAAACUUGUGUGUGCUAUUGUUACUUGUUUUGUCAAAUAUAAUGUGAGUUUGUUGAUAAAAGUACACCAUUUUUCUUUUGGUUUCGUAA